UAAUGUUUAGAGAGUUUGGGACCUACUUGGUGAUAUUUCGGCCAGUUUCAGAGACUCCAGCUGCAACCAUGCAACCAAGACAAAUGUCUGGUUGGUAGAUGGUGGAGCAGUAAAGAUGUAUUCCUCACUCCAAGUACAGUUGUCUCCUACUACGUAGUAGUACUUUUGACCUGGCAGCAAACUUUUAGACAAACACACCAACUAAUU